AUGGCCUCGCUCCCCCUUCUCCCCCAUUCAUCUACGUCCCAUCCCUCCUCAAUCACACUCCUCUACCAGUCUCGACUCCCAUCCACACCUCCUCCCAUCGUAUAUCCAUCCAACACUCGCUCCCCACUAGGGGACGAUCUCGCUCACAUUCCGCAGUUUCCUCCAUCUUCCCCAACUCCCCAUUCGUACAAAAGCCAACCUCUCGCUCCUCGCAUCUCAGCCCAGACCUCCCCCCCUCGCCCUCCUUCGACCUUCUUCACUCAUUCCCGCGUCUCACACCUCUCCUACCUCCCUCUCUGCUCUCUGGUCUCUGCGAGGGUGACAUGGCUUGUGUCUUCUCUGAUCUCUCCAUUCCCUCUCACUCCUUCUAUCCUCUCGUCACAGUUCCACCUCCCCCCACACCAUUCUCGAUUCUUUCUCUUUCUCUCCCUCUCCACGCAUUCCACCACCCGCCGCUCCUCCCUCCCCCUCCUCAUCCAAUCCUCAACACCACUCGACCAUCACCCUCCAAGACAAACUCCCCUCUCCCACGGCCCGUUCUCGGAGCGCUCCAGCUCUCAGCUUUUAAACGUCAUCUCCUCUCUCUCUUCUUCCUCAUCCUCCCCUUCUAUCUCUGACCUCCUCUCUCCAUCUCUCUGGACUCUGGGGAUCCAUCGCAAAUCAGCUUCUCUUCUCCUCUUAUCCUUCUCACUCAUCUUGGUUCAACUCACUCCAAAACUCCAGUGGAACUGGCUGACUGUAGAGAGGGCCCUGAUCCUCUCCUUCUCUCCUCACCGUACUCUUCUCGUUCUUCUCCCUCCCUCUCAAACUAUCCCGCCUCUCUCUCCCCUGGUCCACAUCUCGUCCUCUCCGGUCCCCUCGAUUCAUAUCGCUCUUUUCUGUCUCCCUCCCACCCCUCCUAAUUCUUCCCCCUCUGCUCACCAUCGUCCAUCAUCUCCACACCUCUCCCCCUCUUCCUCUCAAACUCGUCUCCCCUCACCCUCCUCGUCCUCUUCUACUCUCCCCUAUCUUCUCUCUCACUUCUCCCCACCUCUCUCUACCAGAUCCCUCCUCCUCUAA